CAAAUGUUUUACGGCAAGCAUGAGGCAAGCUUGUUAGCCGGAAAAAUAGCAGCUGAAGUUUACGUUCCCUGUUGUAGCCUUAGCUUGAAAAAACAUUUUUACGUUUAGGGUUUUAACCUUGAGACAUGGAUGUUGGAGAGCUCCUGAGCUAUCAGCCUGAUAGAGGAGCAAAGCGUCCCAGGGUAGAAGAUGGAGGUGCAGCGGGAGGAGAGGAGGACUCUAGAGGAGGGAAGCAACAGAAAGGACUGGGUGCCAGGGAGUUAGCCAGAUACCGGGAAGCAUCAGCAGGGGUGGGACUGGAAGGAAGUGAGAUGAGGGAGACUGAAGAUCUGACAAUGGACAAAAAAAAGAUCUUGGAGAAACUGAUGGACCAGGAUGAAGAUGAACCCGAGGCAGAGCCAGUGGAUGAGAGUUCAGUGAAGAAAAUGAUCCUGACCUUUGAGAAAAGGUCGUACAAAAAUCAGGAACUGAGGAUUAAGUUUCCGGACAACCCAGAGAAGUUCAUGGAGUCUGAGUUGGAUCUGAACGACAUUAUCCAGGAAAUGCAUGUGAUUGCCACAAUGCCAGAUCUCUACCACCUGCUGGUGGAGCUUAAUGCUGUCCACUCACUGCUGGGCCUCCUCAGUCAUGAAAACACUGAUGUCGCCAUAGCAGUGGUGGACCUGCUGCAGGAGCUGACGGAUAUCGAUACACUCCACGAGAGCGAGGAGGGUGCUGAGAUACUCAUAGAUGCUCUGUUGGAGGGUCAGGUGGUGGCCUUGCUGGUGCAGAAUAUGGAGCGGCUUGAUGAACAGGUGAAAGAGGAGGCUGAUGGCACCUAUAACACGCUGGCUAUCAUAGAAAAUGUGGCAGAGUUCAGACCAGGCCUGUGCACCGAGGCAGCUCAGCAGGGACUCAUGCAGUGGUUGCUCAAGAGAAUCAAGGCAAAGAUGCCGUUUGAUGCUAACAAGCUGUACUGCUCUGAAAUUCUGGCUAUCUUGCUUCAAAAUAAUGACAAUACAAGAGAACUACUGGGAGAGAUGGAUGGCAUUGAUGUGUUACUGCAGCAACUAUCUGUGUUCAAACGUCACAACCCGUCCACAGCCGAGGAGCAGGAGAUGAUGGAAAACCUCUUUGAUACUCUGUGUUCCUGCCUCAUGUUGCCAGCCAAUCGGGACCGCUUUCUCAGAGGGGAAGGGCUUCAGCUAAUGAAUCUCAUGCUUAGAGAAAAGAAAAUGUCUCGUACCAGUGCUCUGAAGGUCCUGGACCAUGGGAUGAUUGGACCAGAGGGAGCAGAUAAUUGCCACAAGUUUGUAGACAUCCUUGGCUUAAGAACCAUCUUUCCACUUUUCAUGAAAACCCCCAAGAAGAUGAAGAAAAGUGGUGCUUCAGAGAAAGAACAUGAAGAACACAUCUGCUCCAUCAUUGCCUCUAUGCUGAGAAAUCUCAAGUCCCAACAGAGAAGCAGACUCCUCAACAAGUUCACAGAGAAUGACUGUGAGAAGGUUGAUCGACUGAUGGAGUUGCAUUUUAAGUACCUGGAGGCUGUUCAGCAGGCUGACAAGAGGAUCGAAGGAGAGAAACAUGAGAUGGUUCGUCGCGGGGAGAUCCUAGAUGACAGCAUGGAUGAUGAGUUCUAUCUUCGCCGUCUGGACGCUGGACUAUUCGUCCUUCAGUUGAUCUGCUACAUUAUGGUGGAGAUCAGCAACUCAGGGAUAUCACAGCUUCAGCAGAGGGUCCAUCAAAUUCUCAACCUAAGAGGAGGCUCAGUCAAAGUAGUGCGCCACAUCAUGAGAGAGUAUGCUGAAAGCAUCGGUGAUGGGAAGAGUGAUGAGUUCAAAGAGGCUGAGCGGAAAAGGAUUAUGGACCUUGUAGACAACUUCUAAUGUCACUUGCUCUCUCAUACACACACACACACUCACCCUCAAACACAAACAAUAUAUUCUUACACAUCAGAAAAUUAAAACCCCACUGUUCUGAUUUGGGACUGAUGGUGACCAUGACCUUGAGCCGGUCUGUGAGCUGAGGAGAUAAGGAUGUGGGCUGUUUUUCCCUAACGUAACUAAAGUCACUGGUUAUGUUUAAAUGCACAGCAAUAAAAUAAAAGCAACCCUUUAUUUACUUAUUUUUGUGGUUUAAAGAAAGGUACUUCUUAAUUUCAGUAAUUGCUGUGCAUGUAAACCUGCUCACUAUAGAGACAAUAGGAGUUGAGUUUGGAGAGCAAAAGAUUGGAGCUUGACUGAAACACACAGCGAACAUAAGAUGUACUCGGGGCUACAGUGCUGUAUAAUUUCCAUACUGUGGCUUUGAAUACUGCAGGAUAAUUAUGGACAGAGUUUGCUCUGGUUUGUUUGUUUUGGAUUUAUGUGUGAAAUAUUUUCUAAUAAAACAUUUGGUAAUAAAAUCCUGA